UUAUGUUCAUGCUUGCAUGUUCUCUUUUCAUCUUUACUGUGUGCAUACUUUCUUAGUAAUGACGUGUAGACAUUUUUUAAGCAGGAAUAAUUCUCGAGAUAAUUUUGUAUGUUUUCUUUUUUCUUUUUAAGGUGUGUAUUGGGUGGAGGAGCAUUAUGCAUGAAACUUCUCACAAAACAGUUAAAAGAAUACUGGCAGAGAAACAGCCCUGGUGGUCCAGCAGGAGCGAAGAAGAACGGGAAAACAAAUGGCAGUGUCCCUGAGACAGCCACUUCUGGUGGUUGUCACUCACCUGGGGAUUCAGCAACGGGUAUCCUCGGAGACAGCCCUAUAUCAUUUGCUCCCCUGAAGGAACUGGAGAGCCCGUGCCAAGAACUACCAGCAGCUCUGGACUCGAGGUCCGUCAAAAUCAGUCAACUGAAGAACACCAUCAAAUCCUUGAAACAACAGAAGAAACAAGUGGAACAUCAGCUGGAAGAAGAAAAGAAGGCAAACAGUGAGAAACAGAAAGCCGAAAGGGAGCUACAGGUUCAAAUCCAGACAUUGAACGUACAGAAAGGGAAACUAAGUACGGACCUGUUUCACGCGAAACGUUCGCUCAGAUACUUUGAAGAGGAGUCCAAGGAUCUGGCCGACCGCCUGCAAUGUUCAUUGCAGCGUAAAGGAGAGUUGGAGCAGGUUCUCUCUGCUGUCACCGCCACACAGAAGAAAAAGGCGAACCCAUCCUCGAGCCACAGGAAAGCACGUAUGGAGUGGAAGUUAGAGUGGUCCACACGGGAGCAGGCACUUCUGAAAGCACAGCUGACCCAGUUGAAGGAGUCGCUAAAAGAAGCUCAUCUAGAGAGAGAUGAAUAUGUUCAACAUCUAAAAGGAGAGAGGGCCCGGUGGCAGCAGAGGAUGAAGAAAAUGUCACAGGAGGUUUACACCUUGAAGAAGGAGAAGAAGGAUGACAUGCGUCGGGUGGAGAAGCUGGAGAGGAGCUUGUCCAAACUCAAGAACCGGAUGGCUAAACCCCUGUCCCUGGACCCCCCAGCAGUGCCCGCUGAGGAGGAGCUGCAGCACCUGAGGAAGGAACUAGAGAGGGUGUCAGCAGAGCUCCAGGCCCACGUGGAAAACCAUCAACACAACAACGAGAACAAGAGCGCACUGCACUUGGAGCAGCAAAUAGAGGAGCUACAGGGAAAGCUGGGUGAGGAGCACCUGGAGGCUGCCAGGCAGCAGAAUCAGCAGCUGCAGGACCAACUGAGCCUCAUGGCUCUCCCUGGGGAAGGAGAUGGAGGAGAACAUCUGGACAGUGAGGAGGAGGAGGGACCUCGGCCCAUGCCGAGCGUCCCAGAGGACCUGGAGAGCUGGGAGGCCAUGGUGAGCCUGACUCCCCCCGCACCCAUUUUACCACCUUCCUCUGUGGUCCCAGCCCCAGGGACUGGGGGCGAGUCUGUGAUCGGGGAGCCCCAGCGGGGCCUGUGGGAAGUCAUGGAGAAGCUGGAGAGCGGCCUUAUGGACCUCCUGGAGGAGCAGACAGACCUGAGAGAGCGUGUGGAGAAACUAGAAGUUCAGUUCAUCCAGUACUGGAGGGAGAGAUGCCAUCAGAAAAUUCGUCACCUUAUAAAUGAGCCAGGAGGCAGUGUCAAAGAUGCGGCACGGGGAGGACAUCAUCAGGCUGGCCCAGGACAGGGAGGAGAUGAAGGUGAAGGUGCUGGCGCUGCAGGAGAUGGUGUUGCGGCUGAUGCUGACCAGAACAACGAGCACAGCAAACUCCUGACCUCUUCCCAGAACCCUGUUGAGGAGCCCGGUCCAGGAGCCCCAGCCCCCCAGGAGACUGGGGAUGCCCACAAGCAUGGUGAUCUUUGUGACAUGAGCCUCACCGACAGCCAGGAGCCAGCUCACGAGGCCACGGAGGGGUCUCCCCACAACAACCCUGCUGCACAGACCAUCGCGCAGGAGCACCAGGAGCACCCAGGCUUGGGCAGCAGCCGCUCUGUGCCGUUCUGUUGCUGGGCUUGGCUGCCGAGAAGGAGGAGAUAAACAUCACCGUCAUCAAAGAGCUGCUCAAGACCUUUUUAAAAAAGAAAGUUACGGGGUUAAUCUCCUACACAAUUCAUUUCCUUCAUUUGAAUGAUUAUUUGUGUUUCUAAUUUAUAGUUUAUUUGUAAACAGUUAAAAAAGUGGGUCUCUGUGCCUUUCACUGAGGUUCACUCUGGCAUCCUUUAGCAUUUUUCUGUUUUAAUUUCAUAAUUGUAGGUCAUUAGCAUGUAUAUUGAGUUUGCCGUUACGUGGUGGGAGUUCAAACACACAAAGACCCACUGUUUGCACAAAACUAUUCUCGCUGGUUUGGAAUAGGCUGCCUUGCUUUUUCAAUGUUAUUGCAGCAUCUAUGUUCAUUACAGAAUUCAGAUAAAAUUUGCUUAUGUUCUGCUAUUGUUUGAUGUAAUCUUAAUCACAGUGAGCUCUUCAUUAGCUCAAUAUGUGGUUUACCUCCAAGUGUCACUGUUGAUUACUUUGUAAUAUGCCACCGUGAGUGUCUGGAUGGAGGGAGGAGGGAAACAAAGAACAAAAGGGACUAAGAUGGCGUAUUUCCGGGUUCUUCAUCACCAACUUUCCUGCGCCCGGGGAAGACACAGGUCAACUGCGCAGGUGCAACCUGAUGUCCGACCAAGGAAACCGAAACCUACCUGGCCGCGCCUACCACAGGGCCCGACCCGCCCAUGUCCGGCCUACUGCCCGCCCACUGCCAGGCCCAAGACAUAAAGCCGCUCCGGGCAGACAGGCAGCGCGAACUUCCUCCUCGCCUCCUCAUAUGCGGACUCAGGAACUUCUCCCCAGAAAGCCGGAGCGACUUCCUUGGCCUCCACUGCGGAGACCUGUGAACUUCGCCCUUUCUUCUUUCAUGUUGGCUAGCUAAUAAAGUUUCUUUUUACUUUG